AUGGCUAAACUGGAAGAUGAAAUAGACGAGGAUCUAAUUGCAUCCAGGUCCUGGCUUGCUAAGUUGGGUGGCCGACGCCUCAAGGCGCCUAAGGCGCGAAGGGUGGUGCCCACGGUAGCCAGGUGGUUAGCCGACAGAGGUGCUCUGACAGCCAAAGGUGAACGGCUGAAAGGAGAAAGGGCGAGCCUCAGCAAUGUUGUACCACUCCCUCCUGCACCAGUGGUGCACCUUUUGGGUGCCAAAACGAAUCCACGCCGCCCACGCCGGUUGCAUCGAGUGCUCUCGGAGGAAACCUCUGAGGAUUUCAAAGAGCUUGAUGAGUUUGCAACAACAUUGACUUCCGAACUGCCCAUUCUGCCCAAAGAGGCAAAUGCAGGCAAAGUCUUGGAGCAGUUUGCCCAUGGUGCGAGCAUCGGCUACGGAAGCGUUUUCUGUACUGGACCUGAUGUUCCACCAGGCCUUCAUCCGCAAGGCAAGAAGCGUGCGCAAAGGCCCUCAAUGAUGCGAAUCCUUUCAGGACAGAGCAUGAGCAUUUCGCAGAGCCUGGGGACGAGCGAUGUCAUACAAUGGAAGAAACGAAGAGAGAGUCUCGUUUCUGUUGCGUCAUCGCAGGGUGUCACGCAGUUGGCCAUGAACAGACCUGAUCGAGGUGGAUCGCCAGCUGAGAAGCUCGUAGAUGACGAAGACAAGCUUAUGGACUUGCCAUUUCAGGACACUGGUCACGAACGCCAAAUGCUGCCCUGGAAGCCGGCCCGGCAGCUUCUGAAGCCUGGCAGCAUCGCAACAGUCCACACUUCCAGGGCUCAGAGUGCACGCGCUUUGUCGGCUCGAUCUGAAGUGGCAAAAGAACAUCCACACGGUCAUACAUGGUCAUCUGGCCCUUGGCUCAAUAGGCUACCCGACCGGAAAUGGCAUUUACGACAAGCCUCGAUCAGUGCAUCUCUAGCAAGCAUGGCGUACCACGGACGGCCAGUAGUGACCCUUCAGGAACUCAGCGCAGUGGAGGAAGGAUCGCCAGGCUCUCCACAAUCACUUGGAAGAACUCUGCAAAGUUCAGUCGAGUACAUGCACUUCCAAGGCUGGAGUUUAGACGAUGACUAUGCCUGCACCCUUUUCCGGCAGAUAAAGUUCCAGGAUCUUUGUGUGAUCAACCUCUCGGAAAAUCGUCUUAGCGAGAGCUUUGUCACCUUCCUUUUGGAGGCGUGUCGAGCGAGCCUACAGGGUUUGCGCAUGGCCAAGAACCUCCUGGGCUCUGCACGCUUUGGUGUUUCCGUUCAAGCCCUUUUACCACAGGCUGUUCAUUUACAAGCUUUGGACCUCCACUGGAACAAGAUUGAUGGUGGUGACGCCUGCGCCAUUUUUCAAGGUUUGAAGGCCAACUCGCGACGCAAGGGGAAGCUUUCGAGCGUGAACCUUGCAUGGAAUUGCAUUGGAUUAAGAUGUCAGAGCUCGAGUGGUUCCUGCAGUUGUGAUCUUUGCGGCAACUGCACGAGAGCAGUGAAGACGUUGGCUGGUGUAUUCUCAGAAUGUGACACCCUUUUCCACUUGGACCUUUCCUACAACAGCCUCUCCUCUGCGGACUGUGAAGUCUUUGCUGAAGCACUGAAAGCAAACCACACCCUCUUUGGUCUACAUCUGGCAGGCAAUGGUGCCUAUGUUGACGACAUUGGGAUGGUUCGCCCGCAGCUAGAGCAUCGCGGUGCCCCUCGAGAGGUGGAGGAGCUUCUUCAGCGCGAGCGUGUCAGGAGGCAACUGGAUGGCUGGGUUCGGAGUAUGCCUCAGCAGCUACGACCAGAGCGCAUGGGACGCUUUAUUGAGGAAGUGAAGCUAGCGAAUGAGCCGUUUAGUCCCUCUUUGCGUCGAGUGGAGAAGUCAGACGUGUUUUCUGAUGGUGACCUUGGGCUUGAAAAGGCAUGGGUUGGGGUGCAUGCCAAAGUGCAGCCUGCACCCUUCUCCUCGCACCUGGAAGAGGUCAGUGCAACUGAAAGCUGCUGCUGGAUUUGUGAAAACUGGGUGGAGCAAGAGGUGUGCUACAUCCCAGGUUGGUCGGGUCCAGCUUCAGCAGAAGAAGUGGUAGAUGUCUUUGCCUACUUCAGUGUUGAUGGCUUCUCAAGGCCCAGCCGAUUGAACCGGAGUUUGGAACGCUUCUGGGCCCGGGACUUCGUGGACGUUUCGGCAGAAUCAGAGUGGACCCGAAGGCCUUUUCUGGACGACGGCCGUCUGAUCUGCUUUCGUGGGAGUCGAAUGCUACCUCCGAGCUACGAGCGGAUUCAUGUGAUCUUCCAGGUAAAUGAGGAGAUCUGCUGUGCCAAGCAUUUGCCCAUCGUGCCCCUCUUUAGCGAGACCUAUGUCCAGCUACAUUGGGAUGGCCGUCCGAACCUGCAGGAUCCACUGCCUCCACUGCCAACUCCUUUGGACAGAGAGCCUGUUGAGAUUGCACAAGCCAACGAGAUUGACGUCCACACUCACGCAAAUGCAGUUUUUGAGCAGGGUGCAGCUGACGCCCUCUUCGUGUUGGAGGACCCUCAUGGAGCACGAAACACUGGGAUAGCACCACGAAUCCUUAUGGAGAACCGAGAGAAGCGGCCAUGGACUUUUGAGAAGUCCAUUCUGAAGGAGUAUCAACAAGAUGCCAAGUCUAUCAUCACAGAGUGCUUUCGCAAAGACUAUGCAAUCACCAGGCUGGACCGACUCUGGAGAAAGCUGCAGAAAGAUCGACCCUAUGAUGUUGCAGCCGUACUCAACGUGCUGGAAUCUCACUAUGAAUCUUUCAUGGCUGCCUAUUGUUUUGAGUCAACUAUGGACUGCAGCGGCAAGAGUUGCGGACUCUCCCUUGCAACCUUCUCUCGCUUGCUUCUGGGAUCUGACGCAACACAAGACAGCAGGAACUUGUUUGAUGUGUCUCCUCAUUCCAGCUCCCGUUCGAGAAGGGCAACGCUGCUGUCCGAGGGAACUGUAAGGAUCCCGCGAACUGCGGCGGGAGAGCUCUUGAAAGCGAGGGCUUCACUGCCUUCCACACUGGAUGAAUCUCAUCCUCUCAAUGAAGGCUUCAACUUUGGGAAGGCUGAUGCCAUCUACACUGCAGUGUUGGUAGACUUGGAUCAUUUGGAUUCCAAGGUUUGGAAGGGGCUUCCAGCGGAUGGUCUUGCUCGCUUCCAAUUCCUGGAGGUUCUGGUCAAUUGCAGUUUGGCAUCGGACACCUACAGUCCAGUGGUGACUUUGCGUCGGUGGAUCAAAUCGAUCGGGCUUGGGCAGCAUGUGAUGAGCUGCAGGAAAAAGCUCCAUGCGGUGAUCUUCACCGAGGAUUGCUGCCAUUGCAUGCGCAGACAUCAGAAGAUCCUCCAGGACGUGUACGGCACCUACCAGAAGCGUUUCCGCAUCCCUACUGAGCCAAGUCUGAUGUCCUUCAGCGCUUUCGUCCAGUUCCUACAGGACUGCAGUUGCCAAGCAUUCAGCUUGGAGAGUGGCGAUCUUCGGAUGGCCUUCGCUUUGGGCAAGGAGCUGUGCGUGGAGCAGCACCGAAGCCUCCGGCACAUGGUGCUCAGCUGGAGCGAGUUCUUGGUGUGCACCACUGCGGCCGUAUACCUUUCGGGGGACUUCCCAGAAGAGGAGCUUGCAGACAGGCUCUUGGAUUUCAUUCUGGAUGUGCUUCCACAAGCGCUUGAAGCUGGACGUGCAGCAGAGAUGCAAGAGGUGGGCUACUUGACCUCUGGUGGAGACCCUCGGACACUACAGUUAGUGGGCUUGCUCACUCGUAUCUUCAAUGAUGCCGACGAGGAUGGAUCUGGGUGGCUGACAGUGCAGGAAUUCUUUCAGGCACUGCAGCAACCUCGCAUCAUCGCAAGCUUGGAAGAGCUAGGUGUUGUGGUCGGAGAUGUCAAGCUGCUCUUCCUGCGGAUGGAUGUGGAUGAUUCAGGCGAAAUUUCUCUCCGGGAAUUCAUCGAGGGCCUGUUGAAGCUUCGAAACGACAUGAUCGUCCUGGACAAGGGCAUUCGUGCGGUGCGGAAGGCCUUCCUGAAACUGGAGACCAAGUAUGGCACCGGCAACGUCACGAAAGACCAGUUCUUGGAGUACGCCAAGAAUCCCAGGAAUGCUGAUGCCCUGGAGAAAGCUGGCAUUCGGGAAUCAGAUGUUGGUGAUGUUUGGGCAGCAGCAGAACAGGCCAAGAGCAAAGGCACCGGCACUAUCGUGACGGCUGAGUCUUUAGUUGCAGGGUACAUGGACCUUCACUUGGAGAAAGGUCGCAUCAUCCGAGCCAUGAACUUCCUAAACUCGAUCUUUCAAGUGGCCGAUGUCGAUGGGAGUGGUGCGUUGAGUAAAGUGGAGGUGGGCAAGUAUUUGUGCAGAAAGGAGGUCACCGACAAAUUGAGCUCGCUUAAGCUCUUUGUUCCUGACUGGCUGGAGAUGUUCGAUGCAAUGGACGUCAAUGGUGAUGGUGAUUUGACAUGGGCGGAGCUAUCAACUGCCAUGAAGAGCUUUUGGACUCAGUCAUCACAGGAGGCGCCUGAAUCUGCGGAGGGCCCCUCGCAGCACCUGGAGAGAAUGAGCUCUUGA